CAAAGCCGGGGACACAGUGUAUCAGCUGCACAGGGAGCCGUGAAUUCCGGCUGAGUGGAGCAAAUGCAAGGUCGAGCUGAACCACAUGAUUUUCUUAUUUAAAAACUCCCCUCCCGUCAGAUUUGCCGGAAGCACAUCGGUAAUAUCCAAGUGAAGCACACAUGCAUGUGAGGAAUCCAGGUAACUGUUCCAGCCAUGGGAACAGCUGUUCAUUGUGGAUUUGUGCCAUGGGCCCAGGAGGCCAGGUUGCUGUAAACAAAAUUUUCUGGAGCCAUAGCUACAUUAUGGACAGCCUGAUGAUCAGAUAACAGACAGAAUUGUUCUUGCACCACCAUUAAACUUUGAAGCCCAAUGAGAUGCAGGCAUCCUUGAGAAAUGGAGGAUGAGGUUUCUUAAAUCUUCAGAGAGUGGCCUUGCCCUGCUGCAGCAGUAGAGGUUACAAGGGAGAGGAAUGACUGAUAAGUAGUAGGUAAGGCCGGAUUGUGAAACUGUGGAAUCCAGUAAUACUCCCAUCAGCAGUAAUUGGUAACAGCACAGCUUCGAGAAGAAACUGCUACUUCUGCCAAUAUGUAACUGCCGCUAAUCAUACUUUGCUUGAUGAUGCAGGAUGAUACCUUUACAUUUUGGCUAGUGGUCCUAGUAUAACCAUGGUUUAUUCUCCACUUUUGACUGCACAUGCAGGGAUCUCAAAUAGCACAAUUGUCACUUAUGAACAUGCCUAUAUCAACUCUACUCUACAUUCUGUAAUACACAAUGAGAUGGAACUAUCUGUUAAUGAAGGAUCUGCCACUUAUAAAACUACAGAAGGGAACUCCAUGGAAAAUAGCACAGCAAAUCCCUCUCAGUCAGACUAUGGGGGUUUAGGCCUUCCUCUGCAGGUCCUCCUUUCUGUAGUAAUGGUGGUAAUAGCUUUAAUUUCUUUCCUGGGGAACUUUAUUGUUUGUCUCAUGGUCUAUCAGAAAGCAGCUAUGCGGUCAGCUAUUAACAUCCUCCUGGCAAGUUUAGCCUUUGCAGACAUGAUGCUUGCUGUAAUGAAUAUGCCUUUUGCCCUAAUCACUGUUAAUACCACCUACUGGAUUUUUGGUGACAUCUUUUGCAGAGUGUCUGCCAUGUUUUUUUGGCUUUUUGUGAUAGAAGGAGUAGUUAUCUUGCUUAUAAUUAGCAUUGAUCGAUUUCUCAUUAUAGUUCAACGUCAAGAUAAAUUGAAUCCUUACCGCGCUAAGCUGCUUAUUGCCAUCUCAUGGGGCAUGUCAUUUUGUAUGGCCUUUCCCCUUGCAGUUGGUAGUCCACAUCUGCCAGUGCCAUCUCGUGCUCCGCAGUGUGUAUUUGGGUAUUCCACAGACCCGGGCUAUCGAGCUUAUGUUCUGUUAAUAAUAAUUGUGUUCUUCUUCAUCCCAUUCAUGCUGAUGCUAUACUCUUUUAUGGGUAUCCUCAACACGGUUCGGCACAAUGCCAUUCGGAUCCAUAGCAGCUCAGAUAGCAUUUGUUUGGGCCAAGCAAGUAAGCUUGGACUCAUGAGCCUGCAGAGGCCGUGCCAGUUAAGCAUUGACAUGAGCUUCAAAACGCGUGCCUUCACUACCAUCCUAAUCCUAUUCAUUGUCUUCACCUUUUGCUCGGCGCCAUUCACCACAUACAGCCUUGUUUCUACUUUCAACAGUAGUUUUUAUCAUAAAGGUAACUUUUUUGAGAUAAGCACGUGGCUCCUUUGGUUAAGCUACCUCAAAUCUGCACUCAACCCAUUAAUUUACUAUUGGAGAAUUAAAAAAUUUCGGGAUGCUUGCUUAGAGCUGAUGCCAAAAACCUUUAAGUUCUUGCCUCAGCUACCUGGACGCACCAGAAGGCGAAUUCGUCCGAGCGCCAUUUACGUUUGUGGGGAGCAUCGAUCUGUGGUUUAAGAUACAAAACUUCUUUAGACACUGCCACCAUGUGAAUUGCCAAUUGAUUUGUGUAGAAUUUUACCCCCAAAGUUUCCUUCUGCUUAAAAAUGCCUAAUAUACAUUUUAAAUACAGACGUAGCUACAUUCUCCGUAGCUGCAAACAAAUGUUUAAAAUUGUGAAUUAAUGUUUUUACAAUGUAAAUUUGAAAAUAUUGCCUGUGCAAUUUGUAUACUUUUUGAAUACUUUGUAAACAUCAGUCAGGCUCUGCUUCAAAGCUUGUGAUUUGUUGUCCAUUGGUUUAAUGCUGCUAACUUUAGUGAGAAUGUGCAAUUCUGUGUUUUGUGUUCUGACCACUAAAUGGAACUGACCUAUAUUAACAAUAUGAAUUAAGCACAAUUGUCCUCUCAGGCUAACUACAGAUGAAAAUGAGCACUAUAUGAUCAUUUUUAUUAUUUUUGUCUUUUCUUACUGGAAGAACCAAGAAAUGCUCAGUUUAUGGAGGUUUUUUUCCUGGCAAGAGCUCAUUUGGUUUGCUGCUGUGUAACUGACAAUUGAUGUUUAACAAAUAAUGAAAGUUAAUGAAGCAUUGUUUUUCAACUUGUUUCCAUUGUAAUUCAUAAAAAUAAUUUUAUUUUUGUGUA